UUGACAGAUAGGGUGUAGAGCGCGGCACUCUGGCGAAGACCCCGAGGUGCGAAGUAGGCAACAAGAGAGACAGCACUCUCCGUGUACGAGCAAUAAAAUGGCGUCGCCCGUCUACAUCGAGGACGAAAUCGGCAGAAAAUGGGAUCGGUGUCUGACCGAUGGCCUUCUUAAAUUCGGUGGUGGAGUUGUCUUGGGAUCAGUAUUCUCCUUCAUGUUCUUCAAGAAGAAGAGGUGGCCAGUGAUCUUGGCUGGUGGCUUCGGUAUUGGAAUGGCCUAUGCUAACUGUGAGAAGGACUUGAACGCCACAAUAACGUCAUCUGGCGAUUUGGUUCCAGACAGGAAGUGUUAGUCCUUUUAAUUAGCAAAAGAACAAUCUAGUAUAUGUAAUUAAAUAAUGAAUGCGGGGCUCUGAGACAACCAUAUAACAGGAUGCACACACAAAUAGAGAGAUACCAAUGCUGUAACUUGUAAUUGUGGGGGAUGUUCAAAAUUCUUUUCAUUUUGCUGAUUUGUUCAAAUUUAUUGUUUCUUGUUUUGUUUACAUGUGUAUUAUUAUUAUGUGUUUCACCACCAAAAAAGUUAUAUACUACAUAUUUACUGUUUGGAUUUAAUUUCAUCGCGCCUGUGUCAGAUCCCAAAAAUGUGUAUUUAAUAAAAAAAAAAGAACUGUAGGCAAUA